CUUUCUUGCUUGCUUGCUUGGUCGUUAUUGUGUGACAUGCCUGGUUUGGGAAUGUUGCAGGAUUGCUUUUUCCCUUGUUGGGUUGUGCAGGAUUUUGGGGAGUGUGUUAUACUAGAUUGUUGUGGUUAUGGUUAUGGAAUAGAAUCAGUGAUGCCAGUUAAGGUGUUAGUGAUAGUAUACAUUCCUGUCCCUACAAGGAAACAGAGAACUGCCAGUUACUAUUUAGUAGUACUGGAUGUGAUUACCACACUACUAGAGGAUGCUGAGAUACCGAGCACAGUGUCUGUUUACCUUCUAGUCAAUCCUCUACAGUGCUUGGGUACCUACCAUUAUCAAGACAAUGUCCCUCUCGUUGACAUCGCCGUUGAUCUAGUGCAGCUUCUCAGAUUCGGUCUUAUUGCCUCGUCAUGA